AGACGAUCCUUACCAAGGGAAUAUAGUACAUGCAGCUGGACAUAAUAUCUGGAGCUAUUAAUUAAAAGACUCUAUACACAAUUAAGGGGAAUUAUGUGUGCACAGAUCAGUGAGGAUGGUGGUGUGUAUGUUAUGACACCAGAGACGCCCUUCACACCCUCCGAUGCUGUCAGGGAGAACAAACACUCUGUGUACAGAAUGGGGUCGUAUCGUAGCAAGAAAGAGUCUCGUAACAUGGAGUACAAGACUGGGAGUGGCAGUUACGUCUGGAACACUCUCCCGGAGCACAUACAAAAGUACGGGUCAGCGUUCCUCAACUCUGGGGGCGGGACACUCUGCAUUGGGGUGGCUGACUCAGGUGAGAUCACGGGUGUGUGUCUGAGGGUGGAGGACAGAGAGAAGGUGAGGAAACUCAUACGACAAGAGUUCAUCGCUUUCACUCCGAGCAUUAGCGACGACCUUUACGAGAUUGAGUUUGUUCCUUGCAAUCGAGAUAAGUACUUUGUAAUAGAGAUUCAUGUCCGAGCAGGAGACCCCUCCGAGAUAUACAGUGACAGACACGAUAAGAUGUAUGUGAAGAGAGAUGGUUCACUGCAGGGUCCACUAUGGCCCAGGGACAUUGUCAAGAUUGUGGAAGAUAAAUUUAUGAAGGGACUCAUAAAAACUCGGGACAAGAAAGAGUCGAAAUGAACACUUAUCUACUAAAUGGCAUGGCAACCUAUGACUACUAUCACAAUCAAUAUCAUUUGUAUAUUAAUCUUGUCAGCAGUAUAUGAAACAAUAAAUUUUUGUUAUAAUAAUCAAGAAAGUGGUGGGCCUUGUCUACCCAAGGAAUUAAUGACUGUUGGAUAA